ACACACACACACACACACACACACACACACACAGAGCAAUUGGAAGGUGUGUGCACCUUCACUGUCGUAACUCAAACAUGCCAAGGACGCGUUCCUCAGUGUUUUCCACCCACCUCCCGUCGAUUGCAAAUCAACAAGUGAAACAUUAACAAAUAAACAGAGACAAAAGCUGCGGAUUCGGGAACAGACGUGUUGCUGCGAGAGAGACAGAGACAGACACAGAGAGAGAGAGAGAGAGAGAGGUUGCAACUUCUCUUUGUUAACUUUGCCAAACUCCGUCCCAAAAUGGUAAAGGAAAAAACAGAUGAUGAGACUCAAAAUGAUUCCAGUCCUCCCGAGAAGAAGACUCCGCGGCUCUGCGGAACCAACUACCCUCUCAGUAUUUGUUUCAUGGUAGUGAAUGAAUUCUGUGAACGCUUCUCCUUCUAUGGCAUGAAAGCUGUUCUCACUCUCUACUUCACGACCUUUCUUCAUUGGGAUGAGGAUCAGUCCACUGCCAUCUACCAUGCCUUCAACGGAGUUGCCUAUUUCACACCAGUUAUGGGAGCCCUCAUAGCUGACUCCUGGCUGGGAAAGUUUAAGACCAUCACCUUCCUCUCUAUUGUGUACAUCAUCGGCCAUGUGGUGAAGUCAAUCGGAGCCAUUCCAACUGUGGGCAACUAUACGGUUCACAUGGUCUUAUCUUUGUUUGGUCUUUUCCUUAUUGCCGUGGGUACAGGUGGAAUCAAGCCAUGUGUGGCAGCUUUUGGUGGUGACCAGUUUGAGGAGGAGCAGGCUUUAGAGCGAAGAAGGUUCUUUUCUUUCUUCUAUAUGUCCAUUAAUGCAGGAAGCUUACUGUCUACCAUCAUCACCCCCAUACUUCGAGCUGACGUGACGUGCUUUGGCGGAGAGUGUUACGCUUUAGCUUUUGGUGUUCCUGCUGCUCUCAUGGUGAUUGCAUUAGCCGUGUUCCUAUCCGGGAGUGGUAUGUACAAAAAGCUUCCUCCACAGGGAAAUAUGUUGGUUGAAGUCUCCAGGUGUAUUAGGUUUUCAAUUCACAACCGGUGGAAACAUCGCUCCAGGAGUUAUCCAAAGAGGGAACACUGGCUUGACUGGGCAGUAGAAAAGUAUCCAAAAAAACUUAUCAAAGAAAUUAAAAUGGUUUCCCGAGUCCUCUUCCUCUAUCUCCCUCUUCCAAUGUUCUGGGCACUUUUUGAUCAGAUGGGAUCCCGAUGGACUCUUCAGGCCACCAGAAUGAAUGCUGACUUUAGUGGAUUUAUCAUACAACCUGAUCAGAUGCAGACAAUUAACGCCAUUUUGAUAGUUAUUUUUAUUCCAAUCUUUGAUAUGGGCGUUUAUCCACUCUUUGCGAAAUGUAAACUUAAGUUGACGCCCCUCAGGAGGAUGACGGUUGGCAUGGUUCUGGCUGGCCUGGCGUUUAUCGCUGCGGCUAUCGUGGAGCUGCAGGUGCAGAACACUCUGGAUCCUGAGCCUGGUGUUAAAGAAAGCUAUGUUCAGUUCCUAAACCUGGCCAAUAAAAAUGUUAGCGUCAAUCUCCAAGGACAAAGUGGCUUUCCUACCACCAUGGAACCCUUUCAGGAUCCAGAUCAUUAUAUCAAGUUACAGCUCGAUUCUAAAAAUCAAUCCUUCAGUUUUGACUUGACCUAUGAAGGCAAGACCACAGCUUGUCAUCAAACUGUCAGUGAAACUGCUGCAUACAGCAUUCUGCUCUAUACAGAGAGUACAAACCUGCAUUGCAAAUUGCUGGAAGAUGAGAAGUCCAAGCCAGAGGAGGGGAAAGCCACCUUGAGGAUCGUAAAUGCACACAGCAAAGAUUUAAACUUCACGCUUGAAAACAAGAAAUUUGAGACUGUGAGCGCAAACUACAGCAGCUCUGCGUACAAAGUGGUGUUGCGAGGACACUACCAGGGGAUGUGCGAGAUUGGUACAAUGAAAUAUGAUGUGGAUUUGGGACUGUUGGAUUUUGGCGCAGCGUACACCGUUGUUGUGGACGUUGUACCCAAUGAAGACAGGUUGGAGAUCUGGAAGACGGAAGAUAUCAAAGCAAACAUAAUUCACCUUGCAUGGCAAAUUCCGCCAUACGUGCUGAUGUCCGCUGGUGAAGUGAUGUUCUCAAUAACUGGGGUGGAGUUCUCCUACUCUCAGGCUCCAUUGAACAUGAAGGCUGUGCUUCAGUCUGGCUGGCUCCUGACGGUGGCCUUCGGGAACAUCAUUGUGGUUAUUGUGGCUAAAUCCGCUUUUAUGGAGCAGUGGCAAGAGUUUGUGCUCUUUGCCUGCCUCAUGAUUGCUGUCUCCAUCAUAUUCUCCAUCAUGGCUUACUUCUACACCUAUGUGGAUUCUGAGGAGCUGGCCAGUAUGGUCGAGGAAACAGAUGAGCGUAUCUCCCUCAACACCGUCAACAAGCAGACCAGUAUGUAGAGAGCCAACUCCCUGCCACCCUGUUUGGAACAUCAUUAAUGAGUUUGUUCCAAUGUCCAUCUGGUCUUGAGAUGAGAUCUUCUCCGAAAAUUGGAUCCAGACUGAUGCCAAACGUGAUUUUUUUUUGAAGAGUGAAAUGCCUCAGGGAAGGGGA